AUGGGCGUGUCGGGCCUUUUGCCGCUCCUUAAAUCCAUCCAGAAGCAAUCGCAGCUAAAGAAAUACAAUGGCAAGACCCUCGGCGUUGAUGCGUAUGGCUGGCUCCAUCGAGGAGCGAUCGCCUGUGCCAACGAACUCGCACAAGACAAACCGACGCGGAAAUAUGUCUAUUACGCCAUGAGCCGUGUCCAAAUGCUCAGCCACUUCGGGGUGAAGCCCUAUCUCGUGUUUGACGGCGACUUCUUGCCCAGCAAAGCCGGAACCGAAGCAGCUAGAGAGCGUUCUCGAGAGGAGCAUAAGAAAAAAGGUAUGGAGUACAUUAAGGCAGGAAAGCCACGCCUCGCAGGGCAGGAAUUUCAAAAGUCAAUCGACAUCACACCCGAGAUGGCACGCCAUCUGAUCGAUGACCUCAAGAAACACGGCAUUCCCUACGUCGUGGCCCCCUACGAAGCCGAUGCGCAACUGGUGUAUCUCGAGCGAAAGGGUCUCAUUGACGGCAUCAUCUCCGAGGACUCUGACCUGCUCGUCUUUGGCGCCAAGCGACUUAUCACCAAACUCGAUAAAUACGGCGGUUGUAUCGAGAUCAAUCGCCGUGACUUUUGUGCGUGCCGCGAAGUGUCUUUGACGGGCUGGACCGACACGGACUUUAGACGGAUGGCAAUCUUCAGUGGAUGUGAUUAUCUGGAGGGCUUGAAAGGUACCGGCCUCAAGACGGCCUACCGCUAUCUUCGACAGUACAAGACGCCAGAGAAGGUCGUGCAACGCCUCCAGUUUGAAGGGAAGGUCGUCGCCUCAGAAGACUACCUUCCAGCUUUCUACCAGGCUGAGUUGACGUUCCUGCACCAACGAGUCUUCUGCCCCGAGAAGAAAGAGCUGGUCCUCCUGACGGAAGACCCUACCAACGAAGCCGAAAAAUUUCCUUUCAUCGGUGCACAUGUCGAGCCUGAUCUAGCACGCGCCAUUGCCGCAGGAGAUGUAAAUCCCAUCACGAAACAACCCAUCGUUGUUCAGGCUCCAUCCCCCAAGAGACGGCGUGCAUCAUCGAUUUCGAUCCACCCCGUUCCCGCAAAUACGCAUCCGCAGAGCACGAAGUCUAUGAACGGUCGGGAUCCGAAGCCGAUCAACUCGUAUUUCAAGAAGACCAGCCGGAUUCCUAUGGGCGAGAUGGACCGAAAUCGAUUUGCUGUGGAUCCUCAACGCAUCGCCGAGAUAACUCAAAGCGGCCUUGUCCCGCGCGUGUAUCCUCUCCCAAGGCCAUAUAUUGAUCCAGCAAGGGUGGCGCAGAGAGGCGGAGUCCCUUCGACCCGAAUUUCUAGAACAACGCCACCUCGGCUGCGACGACCGACGGAAACAGUGGCGUCUGCCCUUUCUAGAGUCAACUACGAUCGAACAACGUCGCAGCGAAGAGGUGGUACGGGCGGCGGAAGAGUGCAGCACUCGACCCUUGCUACGCCACCCCCUUCAUCUCAACGGCCGACAAAGAAGGCUCGGCUCUGUACUAGCGACGAGCAAGAUGCGAGCAACAAUAGCGGUGCUGAUUCCGAACAUAGCAAGUUCUUUUCGCCCAAGGUUUCCGAACCAAGCCUGCCUGAACCUUCCGCCAAGGAAUCAGUGCCCUCUAAAUAUGAGGCACACAUUUUCUCGGAUGACUCGAUUGAGGAGGCGCUGAAGACCUUGCCUGUUUGGGAGGGAUGGGGCCUUCCGUCACAGUCGAGACGAUCAAUUGAAAUUUACGAUGAGGAAGCCCGAAAAAACAAAGACGAGGCGCCAGAAAAGGACGGCGUCUCUUCGCUUCAAAAACCGGAGCAGGAGGAAGCUGAACGGGACGAGGUGUCCUGUCCUCCGUCGCAAUUGCCGGAUCGUCCCACGUCGACUCCGCCUCGCCUUUCAUCUACCAACCGUGUCUCGCUGCAAAAAUUCUUCUACCAACCAGGCUCUUCGAGUCAGAAUAGGGCAGAUAGCGAGCCUAGUCCUUCCAUUGCGUCAUCCGUCUCUUCGCAGAGCUCGACUUUCACACCUUCACUGUCUAGGUCCAUGACAGCCACCCCAUCCACCGGUAUGUCAAUGUUGACGCCUCUGCAAAGGAUUGGCAGCCAGGCCCUGCGGCGAGGCACGCGAUCCCCUUUGAUGCCUUCCGCGGGAAACAGGAAGCCGGUAGCAUGCGAGCCGAGGAGAUCAUCCCUUGGUUCUCUUCCCGUCAACCCGGCCUUUGUUCCCCUACCCAAGGUGGAUCUCGACGAGGUUGCGGCCCUCAACAUGUGUGGCAGCGAGGAUCAAAUCCCGUUUAUUGAUAAGGGCGCCGACACAGAAUCGGAGGCUGAUGGCGAUAACGCGACUUAUGUUGGAGCCAACGUGCAUGUGCGAUUGGACUUGUCUCGAUUCAUGCAUAGAUAA